CUGAACGAAUAAAUAAAAAAAUAUUAUUAUAGUCUGUGUGACUUACGUUUGCGACAUGACGCUUGAUGUAUCAAAAUAUUGCAUUUUGUAGUAAAUUUACUGAAAAUGGCAAAUGUAGCUGUAGAAGCUACACCGGGCGACGAAAAUGAUGACAGCUGGUUGUAUGGGGAGUCCACCGGCGAACAAAUUGAUGAGAAAAGCGAAGCAACCAAUGAUAAAGACCCCGAGAAGAUCAUCACUGAGACAACAGAGGGGGAAGAUAAAGAGCAGGAUGAAGGGGACGGUAACAACGAUGAUUCCCAUUUUAAUGAUGAACAUUUCGCGGAGGUUGGGCGGGAAGACCAAGAACAAAAUGGAGAUGCGGACAGCCAGGAGAACGGAGACUCAGAUUCGGACGACAGCGACGACGUCAAAGUAACCAUAGGAGAGAUCAAAUCAGGACCUCAAUACGCUAGUUUAAAUAUCAAAAGAGGUGUAGGUUUAGUAGCACCGGGAGCCCAGGAAAAGCCUCGCUCUGGUACCACAGGGGGCAAAGUCACAUUAGAAGACCUUGAUGGCCCAGGAAGCAUUAAUGGAGUGCCUGCUUUAGAAUUUAACAUUGAUACAAUUGAAGAUAAACCUUGGAACAAACCUGGUGCUGAUAUAUCUGAUUAUUUUAAUUAUGGGUUCAACGAAGCGACGUGGAGCGCGUAUUGCGAGCGUCAAAGGCGCAUGCGCGUUAACGAGGCUGGUGUAGGAUUGCAUGCGGGUCCUACACUGCGUCCGCCUGCGCCGGAUUUAAGAAGGCCUCCAGGUGUCAUUAGACAUGAAGAUGGAAUGUCUGGAGCAGUCUCAAACAAUUACCAGGCCAGAGAGAAUACCAUACAGGUGAUGACGGCGGAGCGGCGCGAGUACGGACGCAGCGGGCACGCGCGGGACGUGCCGCCCCCCGCCGACUACUUCGGCGCGCCGCCGCCCGACUACUUCCAGCCGCCGCCGCACGCGCCUUACGACGACAACUGGGGUCACCCCGAGCAAACCGGUUGGACUCCAACCGAGAUCAAGGAGCUGACGCCUGGCCCGAUGGGUCCGCCGCCGAUGGGCCCGCCGGUGAUGGCGCCGAUGCAGCCGCCGCACAUGCCGCCGCACCUGCUGCCCGCGCCGCCCUUCGCGCCGCCCUACCGCCCGCACCACCCGCACCACGUGCACGACCGCGACCGCGACGCCCGCAUGCGAGACAGAGACGACCGGGAGAGACGCGACCGCGAUAGGAGAGAUGACGAAGACCGAGAUAGGGACAGAGAACGCGAUCGCUCACGCUCUAUGAAGCCUGAUAGAAUAAGAGAGAAAUCGUAUAGACGCGAAAGAUCACGUUCAAGGUCACGCCGUCACAAAUCACGUUCUCGAUCGCCAAGACUGCGGGAAAGAUCUCGUGACAGAGAACGAUCUCGCGAUCGUGAAAAUGAAAGGACGAGAGACCGUGACCGCUCCCGAGAGAGGGAACGCUCGCGGGACAGAGAGCGCAGUGUCAAACCGAAGACAAAAGACAAGGACAAAGAUGAAGAAAAAUAAACCUUAUGUUAAGAAGUGUUACGUGCCCAGAAGAGAAUGUUGUACACCGUGCGAUGUCACGCCGGACGAGUGUUCUCGCGGGCCAGUUAUGUAAUUAUCGGGAAUAAAUAUAAAAUUAAGUUUAGAA